GUCCACGCUGGCAAACGGGACGAGCUUCAAGAUCCACCUGCCGCUCGUGCGUGGACUUCUAAGUGACGGUGAGAUUUUAUACCGAUGUACCUGAAGUCCACAAGCAGCAUCGACAAAAUGGACCACUGGAUCUUGUCCUCCUCACCCCCAAAUCUGUCAGAACCCAUGAUGUAUGAGACCUUCAUUUUGGGAAAUGAGUCACAAGGCAGUCCUAGAGAUGGGGUUACCCACUCCAGUGACCACAGCUUCGAUAAAACCAGUACCGUGAUCAUAACUUUCAUGUACUUUUUGGUGUGUGCUGUGGGGCUCUGCGGCAACACCCUGGUCAUCUACGUAAUUCUACGGUAUGCUAAGAUGAAGACUGUCACCAACAUCUACAUCCUUAACCUGGCAGUGGCUGAUGAGCUCUUUAUGUUGAGCUUACCCUUCAUUGCUAUCCAGUUAGCCAUAGUCCAUUGGCCCUUUGGCGGAGCACUCUGUCGGGUGGUCAUGACCGUGGACUCUCUUAACCAGUUCACGAGUAUCUUUUGCCUAAUGGUGAUGAGCAUUGACCGCUACCUGGCUGUGGUUCACCCCAUUAAGUCAACCAAAUGGAGGAAGCCUCGAGUGGCCAAGACAAUCAAUCUAGCCGUAUGGGGCAUCUCUCUGUUGGUCAACCUGCCCAUCGUCAUCUACAGCGGUGUGAUUGUUAAGAAUGACAGCUGCUUCUGUACCAUCGUGUGGCCGGAACCACAGGAGAAUUACUACACAGCCUUCAUGUUCUACACCUUUUUCCUGGGUUUUUUCCUGCCACUUACUGUUAUCUGUCUCUGCUAUUUGCUCAUAAUUGUCAAGGUCAAAUCCUCCGGGAUCAGGGUGAGCUCGUCCAAGCGAAAAAAAUCAGAACGGAAGGUGACACGCAUGGUUUCCAUCGUGGUGGCUGUGUUUGUGCUUUGCUGGCUGCCAUUCUACGUCUUCAACGUCACCUCAGUGACAGGCACAAUCAGCACCACACCCAUACUGAAGAGCACCUUUGACUUUGUGGUGGUCCUGGGCUAUGCCAACAGCUGUGCCAACCCCAUCCUCUAUGCCUUCCUCUCAGAGAAUUUCAAGAAGAGCUUUCAGAAUGUCCUGUGCCUGAAGAAGGUGAGUGGGCUGGAUGAAAUCGAGCGUAGUGACAGCCGCCAGGACAAGUCACGGAUGAUGAACGAUGCUACAGAGACACAGAGCACACUGCUGAAUGGCGACUUGCAAACCAGCAUCUGAACUGCAAGCCAGUAUCUCGGAGCGGUAUUUGGAUCUGAGUCUUCGACACACUCAUGCCCCAGUACUGUAUCUACUAUAUAACAGCCAGGGGAAUGAGGUCAUCCAGAUUAAAGUGGGAAAAUCUCCUGCCCACAGAAAACUCAACUGAUUUCAAACCAUUAGAAACAGUGGGACUUUUUUCUUUCCAACACAAGACAAAUUCUUCAAGAGAGAAACUUAAGUACUGUAUUCUCAAUUGAUCCUGCUAAGGAGGGGUUAGUUAUAUACGUCUGUUGUCAACUUCUGUCAUACUUUUGUUUUCCACCUGCUUUUGAGCCAAAAGAGGCUAUUUUUACCGCUCAUGUCCAAAAAAAAAAAAAAAAAACUUAUUUAUAGAUAGAAAUAAUUUAUUGAU